AUGACCACGUGCUUUGAUGAAGUUGAUGGACAACAGCAAACCUCGUCUUCCAAAAGUCCAUUUGCGGACAGACAGAACUUUGUUAGACAAUUGUGUGACGCUUCACUGUUGGCCGCAAAUGUUUCCCAGCUCCGCGCUGUGUUGGACGGAGGUUCAGAGAGCAGUUAUUACAUUCCAUUAUUAUUGAUGAUCGGGUUUUCACUUUCAUUUCACAUCGGGUUUGGAAUGCUUAUGAUUCAUAGAUGGAGAAAAGAAAGAGAAGCUGAUAUGUCUCACAAAAAGUCCUCAAGUCUGCCAGGUACGCCAUCUUCGGGCGCCAUAUCAGAAAAGGCAAGUGGAGUGACUUGUUCUUGCUCCUCGUGUAUGACUGUAGAAAGAUGUGACGAGAUCAGCAUGUUUAUCAUGCUUAUAAUCGUUGUUUUAAAUGUCUUUAUUGCAGGACUUGGGUUAUCAGGGCCACCAAAAGGUGGCGCUACUGGUAACUAACAAAUACAAGUUCGAUGAGAUCUUUGUAUAAUACAUGUAACAUUGCUUUAAAUCAAGGAAGAAAUAAAAUUAUGAUAUGUAGAUAAACAUAUAUUUACCAGGGUAUAACUUUAAUAAAAUCUUUGUUUUGGAAGCUUCAAGAUAUAUAUCAGGAUAUAUAUCAAGAUAAAACACUUGUCUUCAUCUAAUGAUGCGGAGUAAAAGCUGAACUGUUUUCAUGGUUGUACAUUCACCCGUAAUAAAUGAUCAUUUCUCGCUAAAUAUUAACAAUAUACUACAGUACAUUGUAUAUCGACUCUUGUUAUUGAAUAGAUGUGGCAAUUUUAAAAAGAUGAUCCACAUAAAAUUCACAUUGGUAAAUUAUUGUUUAACUUUUUCCUUUAUAGUUUUGUUUUUAAACGAAUAUAUGUGAUAUGUUUCAAAAAUAAAAUAGCAUGGAAGUUUUUGUUUAUUAUACUUUCACAGGUCGAGGAAACUAUUUUCUGUGACGUCGGAAUAAAUUUACAUGUUAAGUGGGGAACCAACGUGACUGACAAAUCGACCAAUCAGCUCAAAGAGUUGCAUUAUGGGCUACUACAAAAAUACCACACGUGUGUUUUGAAAAAGCAAAUAUUUUAAAUCACUCUCGGAAAAACGUGAUGCAUUUUUCCAAGCAUUUUAAACACCUAAUACGCUAUGAACAUCAUUAUCUACUAAUUCCAUGCUCACAUUUAUAUAUAAAUGAUUUACAAUGAUUAAAAUUAGGGGUUUCUCCACUCCAUUGUACAAAUGCGUUUGUUGACAGUUUUCCCCCGCGCUGUGCUUUCAGUGAAAA